CCUCAUUCACCGGUCCCCCAAAUUGCAAUCAUGCGUGUCCUCGCACUCUCUGACAGCAAGCUAGAAAGGCAUGUACCUCCUGAAGAAAUCGAAGAAACCUGUACGAAUAGACGGCCUGCUCCAAUGCCUCCCCCUCCUACGAAGAUUCCAUCCAUCACAAUCGAUGCCGACCUCGUGACGGAUUCUAUGGCCGCCAGAUUGUGCAUUAGCUUGGUCGGCCAUGUUCUGUUUUUGAAGAGUCAGGUGCCCUUCCCUGUCAUCCAAAUGGCACGGAUGCUCGGUGGCGAUACCACGUCCCGAGCUGCGAAGAAGCGUCAUGAACUCCUCAAUUCAUUUGAUACCCUCGCGUCACAUCUCAAUACGACAUUUACAGCACUCUCCACGGCGUUCGUCCACCACUGUGGGACAAAAGGUGCUCGAAGUUCUGGUCGUGCCUACCUUGCAGUUGUUCUUGGUCCCACGCCUGGAUCCGCUAAAUGCAGGGUAAUGGUGGGUGUGAAUGCUUUGGAAGCAAAGGUCUGGGGAAAACGAGAUGAUUGUUCGGGUGUCCCAUCUGAACGUGAGGGAGAGGAUGCGGAGGAUGACCAGAAAAAUGAUAGUGAAAAUGAGUCUGACUCGGACAACGGCAACGAUGGCGAAGCCGACUCAAAUGAAAGCGGUGGCGGUGAUAGCAGUGAUAGUUCAGGCGAUGAAGAAGCAGCUUCGGAAACGGAGUCCGAUGAAUCUUCUCAAGCACCCUCCCCACCACCGUCUAGGACACCUUCUCCCUCCUCUUCUCCGCCUCCUCCACCGCACCUACUACCUCCAACUUAUGCCCAAGAACUCGAAGCCCUCCGCACCGCCGAACGCCUGCUCUCUCGCACACUUGCAAGCGCGUGCGGAGAAAAUGAUGGGCAAGGCAUGGCCAGCGAAAUGGCUCCAACUCAGACACACAUAGUACUGCGUGCUCCGCGAAAAUUUAUGCACCCGGCGUGGGUGCCUAGGCAAGCACUCAGCGGUGCUUUUGACGCGCUGCUAGACCAGUUUCUUGAGGAAUCUGGGGAACGUCCAACAAGAGAUGAUAUUAAGAAGAAGAAAGGCGGAAAGGUGGAAGGUGUAUGGAUUCGCAGCCGACAGAAACUAACCGAAGAUUCGGAAAUGAUAUCGAGCGAAGAAAUUCCAGAAGAGGACGAGAUGAUUUGGUGGACAUGGGACGGCAGGCUUGUUGGAUUUGCGGACUGGUGACAUUCGAAAAUAAUUUUCAGACGACUUGAACAGAGCGGUUGCGACGUCAAGUGCGUGGCUUGCAGGAUAAGUAUCUGCCAAUAAAUUGUACUGCUAUGCUAUGAAGCCACUCCUUGACUAGUCGGCCAUCUACGUAAAACGUUCGAAGAAAAUAAUGAAGACAGCAACGCAGAAGUUACAUUCAUCGGAGCAAUUAUAAUUCUCGAAGGAUGAUCGAUGUACAUAGGAAAUUGGAGUUUGUUUGGC